CUACUUAGCUACAAUCGCAUGCUUUAGUUUCGUAUAUAUAUAUUUCUUUUCAAAACUGCACCCUUGCUUAUCAGCUUGAUUUAGUUUUUUCCACAUUUAAUUUCCUAUACCAGGUGCCCCUAGUUUCAUUUCUUUUUCCUAUCAAUGUGCAUGACGACUUUUGAUUUAUUGACCAGGUCCACUUUUUCCACUAUCUCUUUGUCUUUAUCAGAGAUUCGCUUUAUUAUACGACAAUUACCCCAAGCGAUGUUCUUGCUUUCGCUUUGCUUUGUUAUUCCGCGAAUAUUAGGAAUAAUUGCACUGAUUGUCAGGCCAUAUAGACAACGCAGGUGGUCCUGAUAAGGGAAUCGCGCAGGGGAAACAAUGGAUGUGCUUGUUAGAUGUUAAAAAACAGGAAGAUGUUAUAUAGUUAGCAAAGUUAGUGUUAGCUGUCAGUCGAAAACUGAUAGAAGCAAUUCUAAAUAAGAGUUAACUGGAAACAAUUCUCGGAAAAUAAAUUCGUCAUUUUUUUUUAAACUUUAAAUAUGGCAUUUAAGAGCUGGUUUUCGCUGCCUGUCAUUAAAGCCGGUGACGACGAAGAGGAAUUAGUUGAUCCGCAAGCAGCCCUUAGGGAGAAAUGCCAGAAAAAGGGUCAUAUCGACUCCUUAUACAAGAAGUAUCAAGAGUGCAAUGAUCGUGUAAAUGCCAAGUCCAAAACAACUGAAACUUGCAUGGAGGAACUGUUUGACUUCGUUGGUGAAUUGGACCAUUGCGUUGCUCACAGUCUUUUCAAAAAACUCAAGUAACGAAAAAUUCAAGGAUAAUUAUCAAAGCAUGCACAGUAUUAAAAUAAAAUUGGCAAUUAAAUAAACGA